CGGAAGGGAGUUCUCCGCUACUGCUGCCGCCGCUGCCGCCUCCUCCCGGAAUGGCGGAAGUGGAGGCGCAGACGGCGGCCGAGACGGACAUGAAGCACUACCACGGCUCUGGCUCCGUCACCAUGGACGUGGAGCGAAGCCGCUUCCCUUACUGCGUGGUGUGGACUCCCAUCCCGGUGCUUACGUCAAGGUUAAAAGUCAUCUUCUCUGGGAUGUCUUUGCUGACACCACCUCAGCCCCAUAUGACCACUACACACAGCGUUUCCAGGGUGCCUCUCCCACCUAGUUCUGCAGGGAUAACACCUCUGCUGACCUGCAGCCCUAAGUGGUUUUUCCCCAUCAUCGGCCACAUGGGCAUCUGCACAUCCACGGGAGUCAUUCGGGACUUCGCAGGCCCCUAUUUUGUCUCGGAGGACAACAUGGCCUUUGGAAAGCCUGCCAAGUACUGGAAGUUGGACCCUGCACAGGUUUAUGCCAGCGGGCCCAAUGCAUGGGACACAGCUGUGCACGAUGCCUCUGAGGAGUACAAGCACCGCAUGCACAACCUCUGCUGUGACAACUGCCACUCGCAUGUGGCAUUGGCCCUGAACCUGAUGCACUACAACAACAGUACCAACUGGAAUAUGGUGACCCUCUGCUUCUUCUGCCUGCUCUAUGGGAAGUACGUUAGCAUCGGGGCCUUUGUGAAGACCUGGCUGCCCUUUGUCCUCCUCCUGGGCAUCAUCCUGACUGUCAGCCUGGUCUUCAACCUGCGGUGAUAGCUGCCAGGUGGCCCCGAGUCCACCAAACUCCUGAGGAGACAGCCACCACCCUUUUGGCCCCAGAUUCUUCCUCUUCACCCCCAAGGCAGACUGGGCCUGCUGUAUAGGACAUGGGCCCUGGGCUGGGGAAAUAGAAGUGCUGAGGACAAGCAUGGGACAGGGCUGUCUGCUUGUUGAUCUCCCUAUCCCCUCCCCCUGGGCUGGUGACACCACCCUUGAGGCAUCCUCCUUGCCAGCUGUUGGGACGGCCUCACCUCCCUCUAUAGAGUUCCUCCUGCCAUUGCCAGUGCCCGGUGCACAAGGACCCACCAGUGAGGCCACCCUGUGAUGAGAUUGGGAGUGGGAGCCUGCUCUCUGGUCACUGGCUCUGGUCUCAAGGUGGGGCGGGGACACUUAAGUCUCCAUGAGCUGAGCUGCCCGAUGCCUCCCCAACAUUGGGCUGGAUGGGCCCCUCCUUUGGAUGUCUGCGCCCGGGUAGUGCAUGCCCCUCUCCUGGCAUUCUCCAGCCCCUGCAGCACCCUCUUCCCUCCCGGGGCUCCCAGCACCUGGCUCAUCUCCCUCUGCAGUUUGAGCUGGCGAGGCCAGCAGAGCUGACGUGCGGAGCAGGCGGUAUGGACCACACUUGGCCCCAGCUGGGGUGCAGGCUGCAUGCUGCUGAUGCCACCCUUGAGUCCCAAGUGUGGGUGGCCUGUCAGAGCAGCCAGUGCCAUCAGAGAGCCAGAGAGGGGCUGUUCCUCCCACCAGACUGCCACUCCCCAGAAGUCGACAGAAGGGGCCUAUGCUGGCCAUCUCACCCCUGCCCCAUGAGCUCCAUUGUGAGGGGCUGCCUGGCAGGAUAAUAAAGAGUUUUGAGUCCAGGUGG